AAUUGUGCAGCUAUGUAAUAAAUCAUUUAGAGCACAUUUCGUUAACUUCAACUUCAACUUCGACCACAACUUAAAUGUUUCAAUUUGCCCAAUCACGCGUGAAUUAUUAACGCCCGCGAGACAUCUAAACAUCCUCCUGCGUUAUCUCAAUUGAGAUUAAAUUGUAAAGAUCCCGGGACGAAGUUAUCUUUAAGAUCCCAACGUGGUCCAUUUUCAGCAUGACAGAUAAAUCUAUGCCCUCGUCGUUCGACGAAAAUAAAGAUUACAAUGAAACCGCGACCCAGAAGAUCGGUCGUAAGAUACGAGAGGAGCCUCUCAUCCCACUUGGCACCCUGCUCACCACCCUUGCCGUCAUCAAUGCCUGGCGAGCCAUGCGCCGUGGCGACCACGCCCAGGUGCAGCGCAUGUUUCGAGCACGAGUGGGCGCCCAGGCCUUUACCGUCGUAGCAAUAGUAGCUGGUGGCGCAUACUAUGGGGCGGAUAGGGAGAAGCGUAAAGAGCUUAUCAAGCUGGAGGCGCAGCAGCGUGCUGAGGAAAGGCACCAGAAGUGGUUGAAGGAGCUCGAGGUUAGAGAUGAAGAAGAUAAGCAGCUAAAAGCCGCCAUGAAAAGGAGACAGGACCGUGUUCAGCAAAGACGUUCCGAAGAGAAGGAGAAAGGGAAGGGGAAGGGGAAGGAGAAGGGAGACUCAUCGGAGGCCAAGACUUCCAGUGCUAAUGCUGAUGCAGAUGGGCAGAAUAAAAAGGAGACAUCGAAUGUUUUGGGUGCUUUGGCGGAUGUUGGCGGUUGGUUUGGGACGAGGAAGAGUGAGAACGCAAACAUAACUGAAGACAAAAAAGCUGAAAAGAUGGCAGAAGCGGAAACAACCAAUAACUAAUAUACCAUACUAAUGGUUUAUCAAGUUUAUAGUCAGUUUCGCUUCCCUAAAAGUCACGAUGUAUUAGGAUGGUGUUGGGAAGGUGGCCAGGGGAGAUUUGGGAUGGCAAGGGACAAAAAACUCUGCUCUGCUGGUAGGUUGUGUAUAAGAACC